AUGUGGCGUGGGAAGCGACGUUGGUCGUCCACGGAGGUGCUGCUGAGUGUCCUGUGUCUGACCCUGCUGGCGGUGUGUGUCAGCCUCAUCAUCAUCACCUGGCUCGCCAUGCAGACUGACUUGGACCAGUGUGGACUAGGUGGGACUGAGUCUGUGUUCAGUGGGAGGCUGGUCAUUACGAGGGGGGCUGUGUUUACUGAGAAGCUGAGAAACAGGAGCAGUCUGCAGUUCAAGUCCCUGGCCUUCGACACAGAGCAUCUGAUAUCUGACGCUUACAGCCGUGGCUCCCUCAAUAAUGACUUCAAGGCCUGUGAAGUUUUAGAAUUCAGCAAUGGCAGUGUGGUGGUGAACUUUGACCUGCAGUUUCGUCAGAGUGUGGAGGUGAAGGAGGCAGAGCAGCAGCUGGUGGCUGGGCUUCAGAGCACUGGGGGCCUGGUGGUUAACCAAAAUAGCAUCCAGGUCACAGGGAAAUGCCCACCUUAUCAUAUGGCCUGUGGGAAUGGCACUACAUGUGUGGCCACCAUGCAGUUUUGUGACGGAGUAGACAAUUGUCCUGAUGGCUCAGAUGAAAACCAUACUCUCUGUGCAACAAAGUGCGAUGGCCAAUUCCUUCUUCUUGGUCCUACGGGCUUCUUCCAUUCUGAAAACUUCCCUCUCCUCUACAACAAUGGCAUGAUUUGCCGCUGGGUCAUACGAGUUCAGAAAGGACUGGCCAUAAAGAUGAAUUUCCACUCAUUCGACACAGAAGAAGAGAUUGAUACUCUCAGUCUGUAUGAGGGCACAGGACAGGGGAAAAAUCUAACAUACCUGCUGUCAGGCCGUUCCCCAGGCACUGUGUGGCUGCUGUCUGACAAGGCCACUGUUGAGUUCUCUUCUGACGAUUACAACAAUUUCCAAGGAUUUAAUGCCACCUACUCAGCAGAAGACAUCAGCAACCUCUCUAAUGAGGAGAGGCUGAGCUGCUCCUUUGAGGAGGGCCUGUGUUUCUGGAGGCAGGAGCCUGAGGAUGAAGGGGACUGGAUACGCACCAAUAUCCCCACAUUCCCCCCUUUCACAGGCCCAAACUUUGACCAUACAUUUGGUAACCAAUCAGGCUACUACAUUGUCACACCGGGAAGCCCUGGCCAGUGGGAGAAGAACUUCAAGAUCCGCAGCCUCCGAUUAGCUCACUCAAAGGAACCGAUGUGUCUGAAGUUCUGGUACCACAUGUAUGGAGAGAAUGUGCAUCGGCUGAGGGUGUUGGUAGAGAGACGGUCAACUUCUGUGGUCAGAGAAGCUUCAGUCAUUGUGGUCUUCCAGAAGGAGGGGAACUAUGGAGAUAACUGGCACUUCGGCCAGGUCACCCUGAACAGCACAGCUGAUGCAACGGUGGUUUUUGAGGCUCAGAAGAAGGGGGGUAUGAAGAAUGACAUCGCCCUGGAUGAUAUUAGUCUGACAAAUGGUCCCUGUGGGGCGGACCCACCAGACCCAACAGUGGUUCCCACCCCUACAACACCACCUCCAAUACCUCCUGACUGUGGAGGACCUUUUGACCUCUGGGAACACAACUCUACAUUCAGCUCCCCCAACUACCCACACUCCUAUGGAAACAAGGCUUCUUGUUUGUGGACUCUUCAUGCCAGGGAAGGAUGGAACAUCCUGCUUCACUUCCUGGAUUUUGACGUUGAGUCGACCUAUGACAUGGUGGAGGUGCGGGAUGGGGCGGGGCCACAGUCUGAACUGCUUGGUGUCUUCACUGGUACUGAUGCUACCUUUCCAGAUGUGAUCUCCACAGCCAAUCAGAUCACAGUGAUGUUCUUUACGGACAGUACAGGGUAUGGCAGAGGGUUCCGUGCCAACUUCACAUCUGGAUUAGCACUGGGCAUGCCAAAGCCUUGUGUCACUGGGCUAUAUCGGUGUCAGUCUGGAGAAUGUAUCUCCAAUGUCAGUGUGUGUAACGGCCAACCAGACUGCGCUGACUCCUCAGACGAAGCUGACUGUGUGCAUCAGGUAUCAGUGGACAGUACGAGUGUCAGACAUCUGCAGCUCCAGGUCCAGACCACCCGGUACACAACCUGUGGUCAACACUGGAACUCUCAGCUCUCCCACUUCAUGUGUCGUUACCUGGGCUACAGAUCAGGAAGUGCCCUGCUCAUACCCUCCACAGAGAAAGACUCUCCCUUCACCACCGUGAGUGUGGCAGUCAACGGUACCCUGGACCUGACCCCCAGGAUGGAGGAGAAAGGAGAGGAGGAGUCAGAGGAGAGUGGAACUGUCAGAGUGGUGGGAGGGACAGACUCUCGUAAGGGGGCGUGGCCAUGGAUGGUGUCGCUGUACUUUAGGGGCCGCCAUGUGUGUGGAGCUACUCUGAUUGACAACGAGUGGCUGGUUACCGCUGCACACUGCGUUUAUGGGAAAAAUAUUCACCUUUCCAACUGGGAGGCAGUUUUGGGCCUUCACUCCCAGGGCAGUGUAGAUGUCCUCCCAUCACAGACCCGAAAGGUUGACCACAUCAUCAUGAACAAACACUACAACAGACGGACCAAGGAUGCUGACAUCGCAAUGAUGCACCUUCAAACAAACGUCAACUUCACAGAUUACAUUCAACCCAUCUGUCUGCCAGCAAGUGACCAGCAGUUUGAGGCUGGGAGGAAGUGUUUCAUUGCAGGCUGGGGAGCAGAAGUAGAGCAAGGCACAGCAGCUAAUGUGCUGCAGCAGGCAGUGCUGCCCCUGGUGAGCCGCUCUGAGUGUCAGAAGCUGCUGCCUGAGUACAACAUUACAGCCAGGAUGGUGUGUGCCGGCUACUCUGAGGGGGGAGUGGACUCCUGCCAGGGGGACUCUGGAGGUCCUCUCAUGUGUGAAGAGGAUGGCCACUGGGUGCAGGUGGGCGUGAUUUCUUUUGGUGUGGGGUGUGGCCGCCCCCAGCGCCCUGGUGUGUACGCCCUGGUCUCCCAGUUCGCUGACUGGGUCGUCCAGACCAGACGGCUCUCCUGA